AUGGCUGUCGGUGCAGCUUCAGCUGUUGUCGCCGCCCCUGCCAAGGUCGAAAAGCGUGCUGCUCCAGGUCAAGCUGAUAUCGAUACCGUCAUUCUCAACUACGCCUUGACAUUGGAACAUCUCGAAAACGCAUUCUACAGAGAUGCUUUGCCAUCCGCUCAAGCAUUCAAGGAUGCCGGUUACCACCCAUGGAUACGUGAACGUUUUGUUGAGAUUGGUGGACAUGAAGCCAGUCACGUUGCAUAUUUGACAAAAGCUUUGGGUGACAAAGCAACAAAAGAAUGCAAGUACAACUUUGGCGUUACAGGACCAAAAUCUUUCAUUGCCACUUCUCAAUUGUUGGAAGGUGUUGGUGUUAGUGCUUACUUGGGUGCAGCUGCCAACAUUACCAACCCAGCUUACCUCACAGCUGCAGGAUCUAUCCUCACAACCGAAGCACGUCACUCUUCUUGGGUUCAAUCAUCCGCUGCUCUCUCUGACCCAGCAGGAUCUCCUUAUGAUACACCAACUGACUUUAACCAAACAUACUCUUUGGCCGCUCCAUUGAUCGUUUCUUGCCCAAGCUCAAACCCUGCUUUACCAGUCAAGGCUUUCCCCGCAGCAUCAUUUGCCAAAAACCCAACCAAGCUCGGUCAAACUGUCACGGUCAAGAGUGACAAAUUACAACAAGGUCAAAAGCUCGGUUUCAUUGGCGGUGCAGGUGCAAUGUCAUUCGCUGAUAUUAACAACGGUAAAGUUACUUUGCCAAAAGAAGUUACUUGGGGACGUACUUACGCUUUGAUCGUUCCAAGUGACGCAAAGACAAUCACUGAUGAAAACACAGUCGCUGGACCAAUCGCUUUCGACAUCUUGCCAGGACCAAAAGAAGCAGCUGAUUUCUACUCCAAAUCCAACUAA